GUAUUCUUCGGGCAUACUUAUCACUAAACCAGGAUAUAAAAUAUACUUGAUCAAUGAUCUACCUGCUGAAAGUGCAAAUAAACUGACAUAUUACCAAAUGAUUAAAAUAACGCUACCCUUAGGACUACAACAAUUGAUAGAAAAAUGCGAAACUAAUAUUCUCAGUUUUACAGUUGCACAACUAACGCCAAAUGGAUUUACGCGGAGUAUGACACUGGCAAACGUUUACAUUCUUCAUACAUCAUUUUACUCACUGCGAAAGAUAUCAGCCAGUAUCGCAACUAUGGUACCGGCAUACCUUGCAUCUGGGAUGAACUCAUCAUUACAUUU